AUCAGAUGUUUUUGACAGACGAAUAACAUCGCAAUAGAAACUAAGUUUAUUUUCGAGAUUAGAUCAAAUCAAUCUAUUUAUUUUUAUAUUUUUUUUCUUUUCUAAAUCAAAACUCCGGCAGUUAACUUGGGCAAAAAUUGCGCAUGGAAGUUUUUUAUAUCACCCAUUCAAUGCUUGAACGGCAUGCAUCUAAAUUUUUAACCGAUGCACGAAUUUUGGCACAAUGCAGACGUUUAUACUGCACCAAAAGGACACAUUACGAUGUGUUAAACUUGAAGCGAGACUGCACAAAAGAAGAAAUUCGGCAAUCGUUUGCAGAACUCUCAAAAAAGCACCAUCCAGACACAAGUAAAGUAGGUAAUGCCAAUCAAAACUCGCGCAAAUUCCAAGAAAUAAUGGAAGCAUACAAAGUUUUGAAUAAAAAGUCAUCAAGGGAAGCAUACGAUGCUGAAAUAUCCAUAUCACAGUACCCAAACCAUCCGUAUCAUCAUCCGUAUCAUAAUCCGUAUUACGCAACGUACAACAGACGAGAACAACGAUUUUAUGAGGGAGAUUUUGCCAGUUACCAACAACACAUGCAUAAUAUGCGGCAAGCCGGAUAUUAUCGGAAUUUCGGAGGAAGCGACAACUUCUGGACACCAUCAUUCAAUAAAAGACGAGUGUAUGGCUUUCUCGUAUCUUUUGUUCUAAUGAACUUUUUCACCGUUUACAUCGUCUAUUCAUUAUCUACGAAAAAUCGUAUAAUUAGAGACUUUGCAGAUGAAAGAAGAAGAAUCGCAUAUGAGGCGCAUCGUCGUGGGAUUCAUGGUCCUCGUUUUGUCAAGGUCAUGCCAGAAAUUGAAGAAGAAGAUCCAUUGUUGACUAUUGUUAGUAAUAGAAAAUAAUUAUUCUCAAACUGCCUCAUCCUAGUAAGGAUCGUUCAACAGCUGAACUGCUGUGGAUAUUUGUUGGACGUGUUUCGAUGUGCAGUUAAAUGUAGAACUUGAAAAAAGUUGUACGAAAGAAACUCCACGUCCAACGAAUAUUUUCAGCAGUUCAAUCGAUCAUUGUUCAAUUUAUUAGAUUUAGCGUUUGUUUUUCUAAAAUAAUAGUUAUAUAAGAUAUACCUUUGGAUAAACUGAUGAUUUUGCGAUUCGUCUGUCCACCACCACCAGAAUAAAAGAAUGUAUGAUAAUA